CGGGAGUAAAACUCUUCAAUAUAAUAUCUGAAAUUCGGGAGGACGAUGGGUAUUUGUUAGCGCCUUCUUUUCACUUUAGUUUUUGUUGCCGCAGCGACUUUCAGUUUCAGCAACUAAGCUGCGGCAGUAGCGCCAUCCCUCAGUGGUAAGUAGUCUCCUCAAAGCAAGAAGGGGCUCAUGUUUUUUGGUGGAUCGGGGGCGGCGAUCAAAAAACGCGAAGAAACAGAAUGACGUCAUCCCUUCACGUCAGCCAGGGGUUGUUUGACGUCGCUAGUGGGCCGUUGGGUAGCCCGCAUCAGCGCGUUGCCUCUCCGUCACCGUCUCAGCGCGCCCGAAGCGUUCCCGCCAGGCAAUCCGAUGUCGGCUGUCUCUCGAUGCUCGAAUGGAAGCGGCAGAAUGGCGUGCUGGGGCACCAAAAGGUGUUCUCGCUGUCACCAUGUAAAGGCCGGAAAAAUAAACAAAAUCAGCAGCCGGAACCAGCUUCGAAUCGCGUGGCCUCGCCGAGCUUUCUGAGCAUAAAAAGCCUCCAGGCCGCGUCAACAUCCCCAGCAAAGGGCUCCCCUUCGCCGAAGGGCGGCACAAAGGACAAAGGCGGAGAAAAUACAAACGCGGAGGAUGGAUUGUCAGUAUUUCUAGAAACUGCUUUUCUUAAAGAACUUUUUUUUCGUCAAACAAGGGACUGGUUACUAUCAUGGUCGUCAUCAUCAUCUACUUCGAUAAAAGAAUGUUCAUGCUCUUCUUGUUAUGUUGUAUGUGCUGCUGUCGCCAAAACUACGCAUUGGUUUGCCGCAUGCGGCCGCAGACGAGUAGAAGUAAAAUCGACACUCUUGUUCCAAAAUCUACCAACUCCAACGGAACGAAUUCCCAGCCAACUCGCGUGAACAGCAGUUCCUCAGCAUCCAGUAGCAGUAGUAGCUCCUCGUGCACGGAACAAGGCGCGGACGAAGGAACACCCGCACCCGCCUCGCCCUCCCCCGGAAAGAACAAAAAUAAGAAAAAUGGGCCGAAGGGCCCACUAGACGCGGUGCGGCGGCACUUCGUUGAGAAGCUAUCAGAGUGCACAAUUCCCACCCCUUCCCCUCAUUUGAAGAGCAGGAGCAGCAAGAGCGCAAUCAAUUGCAGAAGCAUGUCUUCCGGACGGAAAAUCUGCACGCCGUUUGCAGCACUUCAGUAGCUGCUUGAGCUUCCGCAAGAUGUCGUGCAGACACUCGCCACACGAAACCUGUGGACUAUUUGAGCCUUUGCAUUACUAUUACAUGAUUAUAUAAUGAUAAAUGAGGCGAAGGCGUUAGGGGAGUUGUUGUGCACUCCCAUAGAAGCUUGGGUGGGUAGAAAAUCGCGACCCGAAUAGCCCCUUCUGUGAUUUUAUGCAUCGCAAAUGUUACGUCAACGUCAUGCAUCUGGGUGCGCAGAAAUCAUGCAAAUUGCGAUUUGUAAGCCACAUCACUCUGGAGGGUCGCACACCAAUUUGUGUUGCCUGAGCAGCGCAGCAACUUGCACAGUUCUUGCCACGCCAUUCGCAGAUUUCAUCCCAGGCGGGGCUAGCAUCAAGAGUCCUGAGCAAAACUUGUCUAAAUGCAUUUGUGUCCAUCCCAGACCGACAUCGAUCUGCGUGAUCCAAAAGAUACAUAACUAUCGGCAUGACCCAACGAUUUUCAGGGAAGAAGAUCGAUUCACAGGGCAGACUUUUGCAUAAUCCCGGAGGAUCUCCCAGACAACUCAUGUAUCGUAGAUAUUCGCGAUGCAUAAACCUCCGGUACUCGCUCUCCCGACGGGAUCUGGGACUCCGGCCGCAGGCGCUGGCAAACAACAAGAUUCCCUACGACAUGUGUAUCAAUUUUUUCGCCUGUUGUGGCGGUUUGACGACAAAAAGCGGGCUGCUGCGGAACCUGGAAAGAUACAUGCUAUGCACUGCAAAGCAAAUCGCACUCGUAUGACUUGCAGUAAUGCUAAUGCAUGACAAAUCUCUUUCGAAACCUGAAACACAAUUACAAAGCACGCUUUUGGUCUUGCCGAAAUUUGUGAUGCUAUCAGUACUAGUGCGAUACUUUUGCGAUGCAUACAUGCCCAACGUGAACGAAAGGAUUAAGGCGGGGAUCGCACCCAGUUUCGACCUGUCCGACAUGCGUUCGGUGAUCCACUUCGUCGACGCGUUUCAGAAGCAGCAGUGUCGGUCGCUCUUGUACCACCACUUCAAAGCGAAGUCCAGCAGCAUCAUCCCCGAGAGCACACUGCGCCUGGCGUGGAACACCGCGUCGAGUUGCAAGCCGCCGGUCUUGUCGAAAGACCAGUGGAGGCAGCUGACCAUCGCCAGUAGCACUGCGCACACUCCGGGGUACAGACACCCUACGGCGGACCUGCAACUUGGUAUCGAGCUUACAGAGUCGAUAAAGCACUUCGGCUACAACGGACUGGACGGACACGACAACAUCUGGAUUCUCAAGCCGACAAACGCAAAUCGAGGCCGAGGCAUUCGGGUUGUCAGGGUACAUUUUUUUUUGUAAAGAAAACUCGCGGUCAUGGCCACUCAUGAGGAUACAAAGCAGAAAAAGCAGCCAAGAACUACCGGGCUGAAUUAAUCCAUUUCAACUUAUUGCGUUUGUGGUCUGCGCGUCCACUCAGACAGAGACCGAGGAGUACUUAUGGUCAGCAUGCGCUUGUUGAUUAGAUGUACACGAGACCGACAGGUGCAACGGAUGUGCGCGAAUAAGUUAUAAAUAGUUUUUACCAGGGUGUUGAUCAUCAUCUUCAUCAUCAUUAUUAUGGACGAGAAAAGCGAGUGCGCAAACGCAAAGCUCCUCGGGGCAAACAUGCUUCGGACCUUUAGUUAUAACGAUUAAAGAUUCGAAUUUCAUCCCGUGAUGUACUUUUUAUGUUAGUGUUAGGCAAGAUAUGAAAUCCACCAGGAUCAUAAGCCAAGCAAAUUCCCUACGACCUAAAUUGAAUGUUCAUUGAAAUCAGGCUCUAAAUUUGUCGUUCAAAUUUGGAUCCGAAGUGAAAUCAGCAUGUUCAUACAAAUGAACCAAAAACGAAGUUCAUUCAAAUCCCACACUGUAAGCUAGUGAUGAUCAACGAUGGUUGAUCGGAUUUCUCAUAAAUUUAGGGUGAUUAGAAUAAAUUUGAACUUUCAUGUUUUACCCCCCUGACUGAGACGUGAAAAUUUGUGUGUUGUCUGGAACGCUAAAUUUUUCCCCACAGGCUGUGACGAUAGUCACCAUAGAUUGACUGCGACUAAGAAACACUGAAUCCCACCUAGAUUCUGCUUGACAUCCAAGAUGGCCAGUGUUCACACCGCCCGCGUUUCUUCGUCGUUGAUUGUCUUCACACCGUAAAAAUUCGGUUGACAUUCUAACGGCACAGCCUUGAGCGCUGACACCAAGACACGACCAGUGCCAACACGACAACAACUGCCAAGCCUGGUCCCCCCGCAACACGACAACACCUACCAAGCCAGGACCAGAACCAAACCACCAACCACACCAAGACCCGCAGGAAGGUACUAAAAGCACGAAGAAAAAUAAAGAAAAUUUUGAAUUUUUGGUAGUGUUUUUGAAUAGAAUUUUUGUUUGAAUUUGAACCAAAAAUUUAGGCAAAAUAACCCCCAGCCACCGAGUUCAAAUCAACCAACAGUGGUGAUUUGCUGCCGUGAUAUCAAUUGCUGAUACUCGGUCAGAGGCUGUUUGAAAGUAAGAGAGAAUUUGCAAUCAUACACCUACACAGGUGCAAGAGAGACAAAGCGACCAAAGGCGCGCGCUACGAAGCCCGUAACCUUUGCCGAAGCAUCGAGCGAGGAACAAGACAGGUACUAAAAUUGUACUUAUUUUCGGUCUGUUUUCUAAAUCAUUGGAAAUUUUGAAUGCGAACACGCACGGCAAGAACACAAAAAAAAAAAAAAAAAUCGCAUGCUAAUCCUCCCCAACAAAAACUAUUACAGUUUUGGGCGGCGGAUUUAACGUACCGAGCAGCAGGCCGGUACAAGAGCAAGGACCCGACAGCAGGUCACGAAAAAGGUACUAAAUUACAUCGGUUUUGAAAAUAGAAGUCUAAGCGUAAUUCUGAUUUUGUCUGUAAUUGCAUCGCGAAUUCAACAAGAUGAUCGCAUAUGAGAUGCUGAAUACCAUCUGAAUUCGAUUGCAAAUUUCUUGUACAGGUAGCCGCCUACGCGUGUGCCGAGUACAACAGACGACACAACCGCGACGCGCGUGCUCAUCGUGAAAAGAUGGGGGCGCUGGGUGAUGACCAUCGUCCGAGCACUUCCGGCGCCGUCGGAAUGCUGUACGACGCGGAACACGAGGGAGAAACUGGAAAGGACUUCCAGACGUUCAAGGGUAGCGUGAUCGCUCAGGCGUUCUCGUUGAACAUCGGUCCCCAGUUCAAAGAUGACUUAGAAGGAAAAGUCUGCAUGGACAAGUGGGAUGAGGUCGAUCAGUUAGCCUGCGACCAGUGGGUUGCUGACGGCAAACACGAAAACGACUUCUGGCCCACCUACACAACCGAAGUGCGCUCAGCUUACGCGAAGUUGUAUGGUACAGUAUUCAAAUCCUUAACCGGAAAGGCCCGAUCCAAAGCUCAGGACAUUCAGGAAGAGCCCGGGGCUGACGCGUGUGUAGUCUGGUUGAUGCUUCAGAUCAAGGAAAAGUCUAACCCGCAGACCGCCGGCGCCCGCCGCAUGUUGAUCAAGGAAUAUUUCAACAGCAAGCAGGGUGAAGAUGAAACCGUGGAAGAACAUAUUGACAAACUGAAGAACUUCUGGAAUUUCAAACUGGGCGCUAAAGUUACGGCUGAAGAGUUACGCUAUCACUGUAUCUUCGGGAACAUGCGCGAGGAAUUCGAUGAGUGCAACAAGCGUGCCUUGGCUAAUGGAUUCAGUUUCGAAGAAACAAAGAAUCACAUGGUCGAGGAAGAACGCGCUCUGUCUAGCAACGGAGAGACCACGAAGCACAGAGCUAAUCUGGUCCGCAACAAGAAUUCUCGCAACCAGCAUGGCCCGCGCCCGGAUCACGUUCAGAAGAAUCGUGAGAAGCAGAUGUUUUCCAAUAUGUUGAAGAAAGAGAUGCCGAGUCUGAUCCAGCAAGCCGCUGCGAAUCUGAUCGCGCAAAAUCCGAAUUUGACCCAGAAUCACACUGCUGGUGGCAAUGACGACAGUCAUGCGGCCAAUUACGCAGGAGAUUCCAAGUGGUGUUCGAAUUGCAAUUCGGAAUCACAUAACGCCAAGGAUUGCUGGUACAAAAAUGGCAAAUCUUCCAACAAAUCUUCCAACAAAAGUUCCGGUAAGGGUAACAACACGAAUACUGUUCGCAAGGGCAACGACAAGCCGAAGGGUGGAGGUAAGAAAGGAAAAGGAAAGAAGGGUAGGAAAUGCUGAGUCUUAGAUGGUGUUUCGAAGAAAAGUAGUUUGUUACACAAACUACAAAAAGUAAGAAAACUAUUCUUACGGCUGACGAAAACUCGAUGUUAUAAUACAAAUUAUUCGCGAUGUUUUUCAACUAAAUUUUUAACAAAAAUACCCCCCCAAAAGAACCCCCCACAAAAAGAACAACCACCUGGUGAUGAACCACCAGUGACUACAAGUCAUUUUGAAGAAGAUGAAUGCGCGUUCGACAGCAAGCUUGACAUCUUCAAUCCAGAUCUUUCAUCAUUAAUCGAUAUGGAUGAUUUAUUCUCGGAUCUCGAAAAGAAUGAAGAUGAAACUUGUACCAAUGAUGCAGCUGGUCCAACGAGACAGCUGAAAGGAAAACGAAAAAGAGCAGAGCUGGAGCUUGCUGAGCAAUUUGCAACCCCAGAGAUGGCAAAUAUGACACAACAAGUCCAGGCUCUUGAGUCGACCGAUCGCGAAAUCCGUAAGAUUUUAUUUCCUCGAUCUCAUGUUUCGGAUGCGUCCAAAGCCGAACGAGUUGAAAAAUGCAAUCUGUCACAAGAUGCAGUAUUUUCAAUCGUAGCAAAAGAAAGCGAGCAAAAUCAUUCGCCCGAGUACACAGCAAGAAAGCUAGCACACCUCUACAGCGUUCGCGAAUCAGCAUUGAGGAAGGUGCGCGAGGCGAACGAUGCUCAUCGGAAUAAAAAGGACGAGCAGCACCGAAAUCAUGAAACAGCUUUUAAUUGUGUCGAUGAUGCAAUUUGCGACAGUGGCGCAACAAGUCACAUGUCGGGCCGACCAGAGAUUUUCGAAUCUUGGGACGACAGUAAUCCAGUGCGAAUAACUGUAGCAGACGGAAAAGAGUUGGAUGGCCCUGGAUAUUUUGGCACAUUGAAACCAAACGCACUUGGUUGCAAGCGUGCAAUAUUCCAUCCAUUCCUUCCACAGACCCUCCUCAGUGUCGAGCAACUGAAGAAAGAAGGCUAUAGAGUUGUUUUCGACGAAGGGGGCAACUACUUGCAAAGUAGGAAGACAGGAAAGAGAAUUUUUCUUCACAAAGGGAUCGGAACCAAGCUGCCGGCCGUGGCACUUGGGUUCAACGAAGAUCCAGGUGAAAAGGGUUUGUUGUGCGAAGAGAUCGAGACAGAGUCCACUAUGAUGACAAAGGCUGAGAAAAUGCUUCUUGAUCAUCAGCGUGCUGGACAUCGUAGUCUACCAGGAAUAGUAGUCCGAUGUCCUGCCUGCGAUCUCGCGAAAAGCAAAGGCGCGCAACAUGCAAAAGCGAAGAAAGAAUGCUACAAAGUUGAAAAAUUCAAUGACCAAGUUGAUUUUGACUUCACUGGACCGUGGGAACCUGACUACUGGUCGCAAAGAUGGGUGCUAAAUGCCAUCGAUCAAGCAACCAGCUGGCCUCGUUCUUUCAUCUGCAAGAGCAAAGCAGAAGCAGGCGCAAAGCUGCAGGUCUGGAUAAAUGAAGAGGGACCACCGAAAAGAGUGAGAUCCGACAAUGCCAAAGAGUUCAAGGAACCAGGUAGCACUUGGAAAAAGACAGCACAGAAACAGUCCCCGCCGAUUCAUACUGACUACUCAGCUCCAUACGAACCACAAGAAAAUGGAAAAGUUGAAAGAUACAAUCAAACUCACCAGAACGGAGUGAGGGCAAUGAUGGUCGGAGUCGAUAAGCGUAUGUGGAGUUAUGCAGCACGCACUUUCUCCCACAUAUUCGCCCGAACCCCUACAGCCAAAGGAGGCGAGUCGCCAUUUGAAAAACGCUUCAAAAGAAAACCUUCCAUCAAGUAUUUCCGACGUUUCGGAUGCUUGGUAUACGCGAAGGAUCACUCACAGAAGUCGAAGCUUGAAGACCGGUUUACCCGUGGAAUCUUUCUAGGCUACGCCCAAGAAAAUUCUACAUACCUGGUAGGCAUGUGGUCCGCAGAUGGUCGAUGUAAGAAAAGCUCCAAAAUCCGCUUCGGAGUCCACGAGGUGAAGUGUUGUAAGUUUGAUGAAUCAGUGCUGGUCAGCAAGAUAGAUGAUCUGAAGCCGGACGCUGACAAGUUGUUAAUUGAUUUUCCGAAUCCGGCGCGUCUGGGUGAUAGUUCGCAGCUCGUAGAGCCGAAUGUGCCCGCUGUAGAUCAUGAUCAAAGCAGUCGUGGUCAGGACGCUCCGAGGACCGAUCGUUCGAAAGAUGAAGAAGAUGCGGACAAACGCAGUUCGAAGGAAAAAGAAACCGUCGAAAACGACGAGGGCAAGAGUUUCGAAGGGGGUGAGCAACCUGAGGAAGGGGGCGAGGAAAAUCAAAACCCUAAUCAGGAUUGGCUCGAUUUGUUUUCAGAGGAGGCGCCUGAAAAAUCCCCGAAGCAGAAAAAGAAAGCUGAGAAUGGAAAUCGAAAAAGAAAGUCUAAUACAGUUGAUGCUGAUGAAAAAGAGAACGAGACACAAGAAGCGCCUAGGAUCCUCGUUGAAGGACCUACACGAAAGAAACUUCGCAAGAAGGGCCGAGGGCAUGACAAGAAAAAGCGCAAAGAACGCAACGACAAAGGCCAAAGUCGUGGCCCUCGAGCAAAGAAAAGGCAGAAAGUCAAUCUUGUGUCGUCAUCUGACCUUUUGAAAGAUCUACCGAUGGAAUUUGAAAAAGAAGCAGAAGCUAUAUUCCAGAUUCGUCAUGAAUUAGAGGAGGACGAAACUCCUUACCUCUUUGGCUUGCAGCACACUUGGGCCAAGUGUCUGGAAAGUCCUGACGCAAUCAAAUGGAUCGAGUCAGAUACGAAAGAACGCCUAGCGCUAGAAGAAGCAAAUACGUGGAGGCAUGCAACCGCAGAAGACAUCAAAGAGAUGGGUGAUAAGUUAGAGAUUAUCCCGACGGUAUGCAUCUACACGAAGAAGAGAGACGGACGCUACAAGUGUCGUCUCGUAGCACUAGGAAACAGGCAAAAGCUAUCUCUUCAAGGAGAAAUAUACAGCCCAACUGUGAGCCAUGCCGCUAACAGGUAUUUACUUGUUGAAGCAGCAGCACGCGGAUGGAAAGUUAGACAGUUCGAUAUUUCAAAUGCGUUUGUGCGUGCAGCUCUAGGUGACGAGAUCGUGUUAUGUCGCCUGCCCAAGCACAACAGCUGGAGCAAGAACAAAGAAAAAGGCGAUGUUGUCAGGCUGUUAAAGUCGUUAUACGGUCUGAAGAUCAGCCCACGCCGCUGGUAUGACGAAUAUUCCGGCAGACUCAAGAAGUUAGGCUGGGUUGUAUCCGAACACGAACCAGGUUUGUUCAAGAAGUUUGCAAAAGACAAACAGGGAAAAGAGCAAGAGCUCUGGCUAGCAGUUUACGUAGAUGACAACAUUAUCUCAGGCGAAGAUGAUGACCUUGUCGCUGCAGAAAUGAAUGCAAUUUUAGCAGAGUUCCCAGGAAAAGAAAUUCUCGCAGAAUAUGACAAGGAAGGCAAUGAGAUCCGCGACCUUCUCGGCGCAAAGUUGACCUUCAACGCGAAAAAGAGAGUCAUGAAAAUCACUUGCGAAGACGCAAUUGAUAAGCUGCUUGAGAAAUUUCACAUGAAGGACUGCCGCGCAGUAGUUUCCCCAUGUUUACCAAAUUCCCACGCAGACUUGGACUCGCCGUCGAAUUCCACAUUUCCGAUAAGAUCGCUAGUAGGCGGAAUGUUGUAUAUCAGUUGCGUUGCCCGGCCUGAUAUCGCAUUCGCAGUACAAAGAGUAGCGACGCAGGUAGCUAGUCCAACCGACCAAACGGUAAAAGAUGCUAAGCGUAUUCUGGCGUAUUUGAAAGGAACCAAAUCGCAAGGAUUGGAAUACAGCAAGCAGCAAGAGAAAAAGUUCAAAGAAAUCUACACAAAAGCCGCAGAGCUAGAAAACAAGGAAUACAGAGACACUAUUGCUUUCUGCGAUGCAGAUUUUGCAGGAUGUUCUGUAAGUUUUCGAUCCACGUCAGGAACAAUCCUAUAUCGACGCGGAGUUCCCAUCUGUUGGAAGUCGAAACGUCAAUCGAUUCGAGCUACGUCAACAAUGGAAGCCGAGUAUUGCGCGAUGUAUGACUGUGUAAGGAUGACUAUGGACCAAGGAUAUUUGAACUGGUUUUCAGAACAAGAGUCAGGAUCUCUACCGUUGAUCUUCAACGACAACAAGUCCGCGCUUGCGUUGAGUCAGACAACCGUAGCCACGAAAAGAUCCAAGCACAUGAGUCUUCGACUACACCUAGUACGAGACUACGUAAAAGACUUGUGCUAUGUAAACACGGAUAUCAAUCUAGCGGAUGGAUUGACCAAACCACUUCCAGGAGAGAAGUAUAUCCAAAUCUUCAAAGCUCCCGCACGAAAAGCUAAUGAAGUAUUUGCGAAAGCCCACUUUGUUGACUUCAAUAAUCUCUAGGAUUGAUUGAUGCGAAUUUCACACAAAGUCAUCUCAUCUGAUUCAUUUCGAUGAUUUAAUGUUCAUUCGGAAGGGGGAAUGUUAGGCAAGAUAUGAAAUCCACCAGGAUCAUAAGCCAAGCAAAUUCCCUACGACCUAAAUUGAAUGCUCAUUGAAAUCAGGCUCUAAAUUUGUCGUUCAAAUUUGGAUCCAAAGUGAAGUCAGCAUGUUCAUACAAAUGAACCAAGAAUGAAGUUCAUUCAAAUCCCACACUGUAAGCUAGUGAUGAUCAACGAUGGUUGAUCGGAUUUCUCAUAAAUUUAGGGUGAUUAGAAUAAAUUUGAACUUUCAUGUUUUACCCCCCUGACUGAGACGUCAAAAUUUGUGUGUUGUCUGGAGCGCUAAAUUUUUCCCCACAGGCUGUGACGAUAGUCACCAUAGAUUGAUUGCGACUAAGAAACACUGAAUCCCACCUAGAUUCUGCUUGACAUCCAAGAUGGCCAGUGUUCACACCGCCCGCGUUUCUUCGUCGUUGAUUGUCUUCACACCGUGAAAAUUCGGUUGACAGUUAGUCGUAUACAAGCGGCACAGUGCCUCCACAGUAAAAAAAUGCCUUUUCGAGUUGUCGUAUCUGUUUUCAAAAAGAUUCAAUGCCAAACUUUCAUCAGGACCUGACGGAAAUUCUGAAAUACGCGAAGUGUCCACCUGUGGGCAUGCUGGGCAACACGAGCCCGAUUCUUGCGGCGCACUCGGCCGCCAUGGAAAGCGCAUCGGCAUCUAUUCUCGGGGGCAUGAAUAGCCCCAAUGCCUCCAACGCGUUGAAGGGAAACAAGAGGCAUGCGUCCCCGGGAAAGGGCGUCGGAGGGGGCGGGGGACACAGCAAUCGGAUAAGCUACGGACCAGAUGGAGACGAGAAGUACAUGGUGCAGAAGUACAUCGAACGACCUUUGAUCAUCAACAACCGGAAAUUCGACAUCCGUCAGUGGGUCGUGGUCACUAGUUUUAACCCGAGCUUGCGUGUCUGGUUCUACCAGGAUGCCUACCUUCGAUUCGCGUCGCAUCCCUACUCCACGAGCUCGAUCGACGAUAAGUUUGCGCACUUGACAAACAACGCAAUCGUGAAGCACACCCCGGAUAGCGGCUUCAAUUAUCCUGAUCGCAAAAGUUGUAAUAUCGUCCCUGUUGUAGAAGGAGGAGGUGCUUGUACUUCUACCAGGAGGACGAGGAGCAGCACAAGCAUCACUGCGUGACAACGCAAGCCCAAGCUGCUUUCUGAUCACCUGAAUCUGUAUGGCUGAGUCUGUUUUUUCCAAUUAAAAAAGUAUGAAUAUGCAGUUGCUACUUAAAUUUUCUACCACAUCUGCAGCGAUACUUUUACUUUUGCCUUGCAUAGGAAAGUGGAUGAUACUAUGUGGCACUCGGACAAGUUUGCGAAAUACCUGGCUAGCGAGAAUAUUCGUUGCCCCAGCAACACUUCCAGUUCGAGUUCUUCCUCCUCCUCCAGCGGGAAUAAUAGCACCAAGAGCACCAGUGGCACCAAACGACUGAACUGGAGCGACAUCCAGCGCCAGAUGAAGCGGCUAGUGUGGCUGAGUUUAAAUUCAGCGAAGGACCGCGUUGUAGAGCGAUCGCUCUCCUUCGAACUUUUCGGCUAUGAUUUCAUGGUCGACGAGUGCGGUCACGUGUGGAUUAUCGAGUGCAACAGCAGCCCGGAUCUCAGCUUUUCGACCUCGACCACCCGCGAUUUGGUGUCGAAGAUGAUGCCAGACAUGCUCAAUGUGGUGCUGGAGGAGGAGAAAGUGGGCUCGGGCGAACCGUCCAAGAACAACAAAACCUGCGGCCGGUUCGUCCGCCUGGAGCCUGACUACUCGAAGUUGGUCUCGCCCAGAUCCAGGUCCAACAGCAGUCCCUACGCGCAGAUGCAGCUCAUUCCGCCCACGACCACCCUGUUCCCAUUCUCCCCGCCACUGCAGCAGAACGGUGGCCGCAGCAGCGUUCCUUACGAUAGUGCACAAGAUGAAUCGUUCAACUCCCACUUCUUCCCUUGGGGCGUCAUGGAAAAUGUCUAAUGGUGGAUGCAUGCGCCCUUGAAUAAAAGUUGGACCUAGUCGUGCAGGCACUGCUCUACGUCGCAUUACAGCCGUAUUGAUUUGGAAGCCGAAACAUUAGUAGCAUGUGUGAAGACCACAACUGUGCGUGGAUUUUCAUUUAUCUUGUCAUGAUUGAGAUUGAUAAACGGUAAGACCAUACUACCAUAUAAGCAUGCCCGUGAAAUGCGGGGCACGGUGGAGGAACGGUUCUCUCUGCACUCGAAUACUUGUAGCAGCGCGUUGAUGACGAUCAACGGCGCGGCUUACAGUCGCGAUAUUCUGGCAGCGGUGAAUGGUAAGGGGCCGAGCAACAAUGGCAGCAAGUCUGGCGGCGGGGGUGGCAGCAAAAUGAACAAGACGACUGGAUCUUUGUCUGCCGCACUGUUGGGUGGUUAUGGUACUUCGGCUGGUAUAAGUGGACUGACAAACUCGGCUGCUUUCUACACACCGAUUUCUGCACACACGAUCCACACCAAGACCGACCGAGAGAUGAUGGACAGCCUCCUGGUACCGCUCCGCGAACGCAUGCUGCAAACGAUGGGGCUAUCCACAAAAAAAGGAUCCAUCCCCAUCCAAUUUCUCAUGGCAAAACAUCAACAUGCAUCAAAGUAGUCUGGUUUUGUCAUGUAGAACCAAAAAAUGGAUCGGGAUGGGUUUUUUUUGUGGAUAGGGGCCGAUCGACCGAGGUAGCAAGGAUGUUGGUGACAAACAAGACGCGGGGACGAACAAGAAGAAGAAGCGCAGCAGCGUCCUGCGCAGUCGCAGCUUGGUUUUGGAAGGCGAGCAAGGCACUGGCGGACCAGCAGCCACGAGAGUAAGCGGGACAGCAAACGCCUCGGAAAACAAGCAACCUGAACAGCAAGCGUCUUCGAAGAAAAAAGGUAGUGCUAGUACUGGUCCUGCACCACCGGUACCCUCUAGUACUGGCGCAGCAGAGGGCCUCGACGGAAGUGGAGGUCCCUUAAUACUGGGGGGUAGCGUAUUCUCUGCAAAAAUAUUGUAUUGACUCCUACAAUGUGACAAGUCUGGCUUCCUACCAGAUCUAGCAUGGCAGCUUACAUUUUUGUUCUAGAAAGAAAGCUAAGCAUUUGCAUGUGCGAUUUUUAGGUAUGGGAUGCGAUACAACUUUUGCAAUGCAUAUAGCAGCGCAGCUGCUGGGGAUUCGGCGGCAGUCACCACGGCCGAGGCCUUAGCCGGUGCAGGAAGUACCGUAGGCAACGACUAUCGAUUGCGUAUUUGUCUCGGUCUGGAACGUUGCAAGACUUGUCGUGACGCUUGUCCGACAUGGUUGUAGAGAUUAUCAAGCAUGUUGCAAAAGAGCGCUGCCUUUUUUUUUAUUAUGCAAAGAUGGACGGCCAAAACAGUAACAUGCGGAAUGCGCGAUAUAAAACUUUCCAUGCUUAGCGGCCUAUUGGAAUAUCUGUGUCAUCCACGGGCUGCGUCCAAUAGCAUGACAGCUUUCCAAUAAACCCGGACACAUUUACAAUCCAUAACAACCAGGGAGUAGCAGACUCGGAGCCAAAUGCGAAGGAGGGUAAUCCAAAUCCUCCAUCUGCAUCUCUCCGCAGGCAAAGCUCGUCGGGCCUGACCAAAAAGAGCAAGCAAACGUCUUGACGUGGAGGAAGAUAGAUUUGCUGUAUCUCAUGUUUACCGAUCACUGUAAAUGAGAAGCAAUCGUCGAUUUUUAUUUUCGUACUAUCAGUCGUCUGUUUCGUUUUCGAUUAACUGUCGUAUGCAAUUAUUUCAUGGUGCUUCGGCUUUCGUAAUAUUUCACAUCAUUUUUUCGCUGAUUUGUAUAUUUUCAUCUUUUCAGAAGCAACACCCAGAAAGAAUACUGAUUUUUGUAAUUUGCGAUGCUUUGGAAAUAAAUCAAUCUUGUCUAUAGUGUCAAUUAAUAUCGUAUGGCGUUGCAGGAGUGGGUAAAACUGCUCGGCCUUCAGGUUUCUAAAUGCUGUAUGGUUGAACAGUAAAAGAGUCUCCCGAAUACAACGAUUACCAACGCACUGUACACAAAUUUUGAUUGGACGUGUAUGAUAGCUUGACUGCUCCUGCAGGGCCUGGCGCUUUGCGAAACAACUCACUACAUGACGAG